CUCACACUCUCUCAUAUAUCCUUUUCUCUUUCCUAGUCUUUUCUCUUCUUCGUUCUUCUUCACCCCUGUCUUAAAUUCACCAGAAGAUAAAAAGGCUGCAAAUUGAGCUCAAGAUCCAGUCCAGCCCAGAACUUAAUUCUUUGAGAUAUGGCUACUGCGUAUAAACCGAAGAACAUCCUGAUUACUGGAGCUGCUGGCUUCAUUGCAUCCCAUGUUUGCAACCGGCUUAUCCGGAACUACCCUGAGUACAAGAUUGUGGUCCUUGACAAGCUUGAUUACUGUUCAAAUUUGAAGAACCUUCAUCCCUCAAGGUCAUCAUCCAACUUUAAGUUUAUCAAGGGAGACAUUGGCAGUGCUGACCUUGUCAACUUCAUCCUUCUCACUGAGUCCAUUGAUACAAUAAUGCACUUUGCAGCCCAGACCCAUGUCGACAAUUCUUUUGGUAACAGCUUUGAGUUCACCAAAAACAACAUCUAUGGUACGCAUGUUCUUCUAGAAGCAUGCAAAGUCACUGGUCAAAUCAAAAGAUUCAUUCAUGUAAGCACAGAUGAAGUCUAUGGAGAGACAGAUGAAGAUGCUGUGGUGGGAAAUCAUGAGGCUUCUCAGCUUCUUCCGACAAACCCCUACUCUGCAACUAAAGCUGGAGCAGAGAUGCUUGUAAUGGCAUAUGGGCGUUCAUAUGGAUUGCCUGUCAUAACUACCAGAGGAAACAAUGUUUAUGGCCCCAAUCAGUUCCCUGAAAAGAUGAUUCCAAAAUUCAUUCUCUUGGCUAUGAAAGGGAAGCCUCUUCCAAUUCAUGGUGAUGGAUCAAAUGUCAGGAGUUACCUCUACUGUGAGGACGUAGCAGAGGCAUUUGAAGUCAUUCUGCAUAAGGGUGAGGUAGGCCAUGUGUACAACAUUGGGACAAAGAAAGAGAGGAGGGUGGUUGAUGUGGCUAAGGAAAUUUGCCAACUCUUCUCUUUGAACCCAGAUACUCAAAUAAAGUUUGUCGAAAACAGGCCGUUCAAUGAUCAAAGAUAUUUCUUGGAUGACCAGAAGCUGAAAAACUUGGGAUGGUCUGAAAGGACUUCGUGGGAGGAGGGUUUGAGGAAGACGAUGGACUGGUAUGUCAAGAAUCCCGAAUGGUGGGGAGAUGUUUCUGGGGCACUGCUUCCUCAUCCAAAAAUGCUCAUGGUUCCUGGGAUUGAAAGAAAAUUUGAUGGUACUGAUACUGGCGCUUCUGCCUUCUCUUUGUCAGCAAGUGAUUCUAGGGAGAGCCACAUGGUUGUUCCACCUCCAAAGAACAAUCCAUCCACUCAGAAGCCAUCUUUGAAGUUUUUGAUUUAUGGUAAAACGGGGUGGAUUGGAGGCCUUCUUGGGAAGAUUUGUGAGAAGCAGGGGAUACCCUAUGAGUAUGGACAAGGGCGUCUUCAGGAACGGUCACACCUCUUGGCUGAUAUUCAGAGCGUUAAACCAACCCAUGUUUUCAAUGCUGCUGGAGUGACUGGGAGGCCCAAUGUGGAUUGGUGUGAAUCUCAUAAACCAGAAACAAUUCGGACCAAUGUUGUCGGUACAUUAACCUUGGCUGAUGUCUGCAGAGAUCACAACCUCCUGAUGAUUAAUUAUGCUACUGGUUGUAUCUUCGAGUAUGAUGCUGCCCAUCCAUCAAGAUCAGGAAUCGGGUUCAAAGAGGAAGACACACCCAAUUUCACUGGCUCAUUUUAUUCCAAAACCAAAGCCAUGGUUGAAGAGCUUUUGAAGGAAUAUGACAAUGUUUGCACUCUUAGAGUCCGGAUGCCAAUAUCAUCUGAUCUCAGCAAUCCCCGCAACUUCAUCACGAAGAUCUCACGGUACGACAAAGUGGUUGACAUUCCAAACAGCAUGACCAUCUUGGAUGAGCUUCUACCCAUUUCAGUUGAGAUGGCCAAGAGGAACUUGAGGGGCUUAUGGAACUUCACCAACCCUGGCGUCGUGAGUCACAAUGAGAUUCUGGAGAUGUACAAGAAGUACAUUGACCCCAGUUUCAAGUGGACUAACUUUACACUUGAAGAACAAGCCAAGGUUAUUGUUGCACCAAGAAGUAACAAUGAGAUGGAUGCAUCUAAGUUGAAGAAAGAGUUCCCUGAAUUGCUUCCAAUCAAGGAAUCACUGAUUAAAUACGUCUUUGAACCGAACAAGAAGGCAUUUUCUGGCUGAGCAGCAAAUCAAGUGUUUCAUGAAGUAGACCUCAAUACCAAUUCAUGCAUAUUUUAUUUAUUUAUUUUGUUCUGGGAAAUAGAGUUAUGUUCAUGUGAUGAUUAUUGUCAUGAUCCAUCUGUCUCAUCCCAUUGGUUCAAUUUGUUUCUGUAAUAGCUAUAAGUUUGCUUCACAAGUUGGUACUGUAGGUUCUAGUUUGGAUAAGGAGCUUUGGAAUUGCUUCAGAAUAUUUAAAUUUUAAAAGGUCUUCUGUAAGUUGUGGCAUAUUGUAAUUUCGGAUAUGUAAUAAAGAACAUGUAAUUUUGAAUAAUUUAUUCAUACAAGUUUAUCUA